UAUAGUGAAUUAGUUUUUAAUAUAUUUUGUAAUAUUUAAUAUAACAAAUAUUUAAUAUGUAUUCAGUUCCAAUAAUACCACCUGAUUUAAGACAUGAAGAAACAAUAAUUCAAGCAGCCUAUGCACUUGACAACAUGCAAACUACAAUUAAUAAAGUUUUUGAAAAAAUUGAUAAUCGUAUACAACAAAAUAGUAACAAAGUUAAUGAAUUAAGCGAGCGCAUCACCAAGGCACAGCUAAAAAUUAAAAGUCUAGUAGGCUCGAAGAAAGCCAUCAAAAUAUGCGCACCAGCACGAUUUCCGUCUUCCCGAGUGUUUCAUGAUAUUCCUGUAACAUUUACACCAUCGACUGUUGAAACGUUAGAUGUGUGUACUGAUUUCAAUGUGCAAAGCCGUAUAGAUCCAGCAUCUAUAGUAGCUCUCAAUGAGAAAUUGCAAUUCUUUCAUGUACGCACAGAACAAUCAGAAGCAUUAACGAAGUCUUUAGCAACAGCAAAAAGGGAAACAAAUCAGAAACUUGGCAAGGGCGUAGUGCCAGAACAAUUACGGUCUGUGUCUUCCGUGUUGCUUUUUAAUACCAACGAAUGUGUUUAUGGUUGUGAUAACGUUGAUGAGUGGAACAAUUGGAAGCGUGCCAAAUUAAUAAAAAAUCAAAGACAACCGAAAACAAUGUCAUCUAAAAAGCAAUUACUUGAACCAGCGCCACAUUCAUUGGCUAAUCGUAAUGUAAAACAUACACCAUCGGGUGGACUACGUUAUACACCAAAAUUAAAUGAAGCGCCUGAAAUUAAUUUACCACUAGAUCUUCCCGAUUUACCUGGUAUUGCUAAUGACAUUCAAUUCGAAGAAAAUGAACAACAGAAAAUCGCACCUUCUCUAUUUAUCGAAAAUUUGCCUGAGUUUCCAGAAUUAGUGGAGCAUGUAGAAAAGCAAGAAGAAAAUAUUAAGCCAAUUGACAACAUUCCACAAACAUCAAUUGUUAAUAGUGCCAUUGACAUAAUACCCCCACCACCGCCACCGCCACCACCUCCACCAGCGACUGUGAUUUCAUUGGCACCAGUACCACCACCCCCGCCACCACCGCAAUCCUUCAAUGCAAGUAAAUCACUAGAAAAAAGCGCUAAAGGUAAUUCCAACAAAAAUAUGCCUGUGAUUGAAGACUCUCGUUCAGAAUUAAUGGAUGCAAUACGAAAAGCAGGCGGAGCACGUGGUGGUCGGUUGCGUUCAGCUGCUGCGGCGCCUGUUGAUGUUGUUGACAAUCGUACAAAACCUAUUAAAACUAAACCUAUUGGGGGUGAUCUUAUGGCCGAUCUGCAUAAUAAACUGAUUAUGCGAAGAAAAGGAAUUUCAGGCCAAAAGGAAAACAACAAUGAUAGAUCAGCUUCAAAUACAACAGGAGGUGGUAGUAAUUCCGUUAUAUCGCGUUUAUCAGCACUUAUACCAGCUCCGAAGAAUAAUAGUGACGAUGAAGAAGAAGAUGAAUCAAAUGAUACUGAUUGGGUAGAUUAAUCUAUGCAGCAGAGCUUUUAAACUAUAUAAUUAAUUAAACAAUAUAUAAAAAAAUUUACCAGCUGUGCCUUAAAUUUGCUUCUCAGAAGAAUCUUUAUUUCGGAAAGCAUUUUUAGUAAACAAAAUAUUUAGUAAGGUUAAAUUAAUAAAAUUUAUGAAGUCAAUUACA